AUGGAUUUGCUUGAUUUUGUGCUGAAAACAACAUAUUUUAGUUUCCGAAAUAUCAUCUAUAAACAAUGCUUCGGCACUGCUUUGGGUAGUCCAGUGUCUCCCAAUGUGGCCAAUCUGUUCAUGGAACAUCUGGAGCAAGAAGCAAUAGCCACUGCCCCCAUAGAAUGCAAGCCUAACUUAUGGAAACGAUAUGUUGACGACAUACUUGAGUUAAUUAAGAAUGGGGCACAGAAGGAUUUGACCUUACAUAUCAACACAAUAGAUGCCGCUAACAACAUCACAUUGUUAUGCGAAGAAGAAACCAAUGGCACAAUGCCCUUCCUAGACACUCUAUUGGUAAAGAAAGGAGACGGAACCGUGAAGGGAUGGAUCGUUGCGCAGACUGACACAGCUCUAUUGGAACUUCAAAGAAUCACAUCCGUCAGUUUAGAGGAGUCCUCUCUAUUUAUGACAGUCUGGGGGUUCGGAUAUCUGGCCGGCUCGUUUCUCUGUGGGGCUGUGUACGACCGUCUCAACAAAUUCCUCUCUCAGUUUGUCUCCUUGAUCCUGAUCGCCAUAUGUCUUACCGUCAUACCUUGGUGUUACAAUCAUAUUGUUAUGAAUACGGCACACGCCGUGUUAGGUUGUUUACUUGGAUUCUUAGAUACAGUCGUUAUCGCAGAGAUGCUUGCCAUCUGGGGGAAUGGAGCACGCAGUUUUAUGCAAGCAUUGCAUUUUGGAUAUGCUGUUGGCGGAAUUAUCUCCCCUGCGAUAAUAGCACAGUUUACAACUGCUCAACAACUCGUACCAACGAUGCCUUUAGCUUAUGACGCUACUCCCAAAUACGGAAGUGAUAACUUGUCAAUGACUUCCGGUUCAAAUAUGACGCUCAAAUCUCAUGUCGAGUCAUCUCAUGUUGAAUACCAAGCGUUGAUUGUUACUCAGCAUCGUAUUUCAACACCCGUUCCAUUUUAUGUUAGUUCUCCAAUUUUUAUACCAUACGUCAUUUCCGCUUGCGUUUGCGCGCUCAUUGGAUUAUCCUACUUAGUGAUAGCCUUGGUAAUUCAUCAUGAUCUUUACACUGAACGAGCUGGAUCGAAUAUGACGUCAUCUAAACAUAUGUCUACUUGCUGGAGAAUUGCCGUCUUGAUCAACAUGGGAAUGAUGGCAGGCAUUUACGUGGGUAUUGAGGACGCCAUUUCUGCGUUUCUGACAGUAUACUGUGUCACUUAUUUGGAGUGGUCAGUUUCGGACGGAACCUAUAUUCUGUCAUUAUUCAACGGAUGCUUCGCCCUCGGAUUACUUCUCGCCAUUCUGUGGGUCUCGUAUAUAAACCCAAAGGACGUUUUAGGGUUUAUUUGUGUGUUAGUUUCUGCAAUGCUAUUCGGCAUGGUAUGGUCUGGUCUAACGUAUUCAGACAUCGGUAUCUGGAUUUCGGUGGCAUUAACCGGAUUUUGUAUGGCCGUUAUCUUUCCGGCGAUUUUCACAUGGAUGGAGGAGGAUUUCUUUCCAGUGACAGGCAAAAUUGCAUCUUAUUUCAACGCAAUGGGAGCGGCUGGAGCAACAGUAAGCCCGAUUGUCAUCGGAACGCUGAUGGACCGAUACACCAAGAUGUGGUUUGCUUACACUCUGCUAGCCGGGUCGUGUGUAUUAGUGGUGACAUAUACAGCCGGCUUGAUACUAUCCCGAUGCAGCAGGUUAAACAGGCGAAAAUACGUAUAUCAUAAACUGCAACCAAUUAUGGUUGUAAAAGAUUGCGAGUAA